AUGUCAUUUGGCUUCGUCAUUCCUGGACGGUUGCAGUGCUUCUUUGUGUUCCGCUCGGACCCUCCCGCUCAGACUGGGCGAAGACGACAACACCACAACUCCUUUGUCUCCCACAACUUCCUCAAUGUCUCGCCAUCAAUGGCGGUCGCGCUUAGAUAUGCGGCCAUUGUCAAUAUCAUCACCCUCAUCAUCUACUUCAUCUACACCUGCAUCUCCAUCUGGCUAGUUUUCCGCCAGGGACUGGGCCGGAGCGCACCAUGGAUCUGGCUGACGUUGUUAGGAGCCUGUCGGCUGACGCAGGUCUCGCUGGACCUGGCUGCCACAACAAUGUAUCCCGUAGGAAGUAGCUCGAAUACGAGCAUUGAGAGUGGUGUUGCGAUUCUGACUACCAUGGGACUCACGCCACUGGCGCCGGAUGCAAUGGAUCCUACUCAUGGUACACAUACCUUUGAUCAUCUCCUUUAUCCUCAUCGUCGCGGGCGGUAUUGA